AUGCAGCUCGAGAUUGAUGUCCUUACUAGUCGCCAGGGGAUCUCGCCCUUCCGCCUGGCGCUAGCUGUGGAUAACCUCACCGACCUUAUUGACCAAUUACGUGUUAUUAAGCAGUAUAGUGCCACUAUGUACAAGGAGAUGCCACGGUGCCGUACUGUGCGAGAUAGACCUAGCUACUAUGGGCACAGGUGUGCAUUCCUAGCGAAGACUCACAAGCUUCAGCGCCACUUGGUUGUGUUUAGGGAUAACCUCAUGUCUCAAUAUUCCAACCAGCAUUGGAUUGCCCGUCAGAUUGAGGCUGUGGACCGGUACUUGGACCUUUAG